AUGCAAAAUCAGCAUUUUCGAGGAAUCGGAGGAGAGAAAGAAAAAGAAGGAAAAGAACAACAACAACAGCAGCAACAACAACAUUUGUAUCGCGACGGACAGAUGAAAGUUCCUUCGACGGCGUGGGAAGAGUUGAGAAAAGAGGCGAGGAAAUUGGAGAAUGAAAUUGAUGCGAACCUCGCUUCGCUUUCAAAACUUGCCGGGGUUGGUACCAACAACGCGACAACGUCGACGUCUAGCGGUGGCGGUAUGAGUGGUAGUGGUGGGUAUAAUCAGUACCCCAACACGGCGACGAACAAAAUUGAGGGAAACUUUGAUGUCAUCGCAUCGAAAGAAGGAGAGAUCGAGGCGUUGUUAACGCGUUUGUCAGACGUGACCAGAGCUUUGGCAUCAUCCAUUCAUAGCGGAGCGAACGCUUCUUCGGAUACUCGAACGCACACGUUAGCGAGACAUAGAGACGUUGCGAAAGAGUUCAAUCACGAGUUCAGACGAAUGAAAGAUUACAUAGAGCAAGAGCGAGAACACGCUUCGUUGUUACAGGGAAGACACCGGGGAAGUAACGGCGCUUUAGGAGGAGGGGAUGAGAGUAACUCUUCCGCAGCAAUGCGAGAGAGAAACUCAAUCUUGAGCUCAUCAAUCGCAGUAGACGAUGCGAUUGGCGUUGCACAAAAUACGGCGAGCGCGUUGUACGAGCAGAGGGGAAUUUUCAAUAACACGAUUAGCGCGCUCGCCACGGCGGGGAGUAAAUUCCCGGUGGUGAACAAUUUACUUGUAGCUAUCAAGAGAAAAAAGAACAAGGAUGCGAUUGUUCUCAGCGCCGUGUGUGCCAUAUGCUCGGCAUUAGUCUUAAUUUAUUGGAUGGCGAAGUAG